UUAAGCUCUUUUCCCCAUUUUCACUUUGCAAUUAACUUCAUCUGCUGCUGCUGAUCUGAACAUCCAUCAGCCCAAAAUGGAUUACUCCUAUCUAAAUCAGGCCUCGUUCGAUUCGAGCUGCCUGCAAAGCUCCAUGGACCCGACGGGACUUACCAACAUGCCUUGCUCCUAUGGGGAUCUUACCUCUUGUAGCCAAAUGUCGCAAGCCGCUUACCGAUACACGGCAGCUGCAGCUUCAAUGGCUCGAAGUUACAAUCCGUCGGCUGGUGCUCCAAUGGGGGUGCACCAUUCUCCUGCUGGUUCACAGUGCGCGGUUAUGGGAACCAGGCCUCAUGUGCAGGAUGUGCAUAGAGCUGCUGGAAUGUUCCCUUCCUCAAUGAACCUACAAGGUGGUUUGCCAUAUAAAGUAUAUCCAGGACACGACGGUGUUUUAACUGAGAAGAGGAAACAACGAAGAAUCCGCACCACUUUUACGUCCGCCCAACUGAAGGAACUUGAACGGGCGUUUCAAGAAACCCAUUAUCCAGACAUUUACACCAGAGAAGAAAUCGCUAUGAAAAUUGACCUCACAGAAGCUAGAGUUCAGGCGGAUAAUUGA